AUGUCAGAAAAAUCGUCAAUCUUCAACUCACCUAAACUUUAUUCUUUCGACUAUUUUGCCGCUUGCACGGUGGGCGGUUUGGUGGCGUGUGGUCCCACACACGCCUCGGUGACACCGUUGGAUCUGGUUAAAUGUCGAAGACAGGUGGAUGCAUCGCUGUACAAGUCGAACAUGGACGGCUGGCGUCAGAUUGUGAAGAACGAAGGAGGAUUGUCGAAGGUUUUCACGGGUGUUGGUGCAACUGCAAUUGGCUACUCGUUGCAAGGCGCUUUCAAAUACGGUGGAUACGAGUUUUUCAAACAUCAGUACUCGCAGCUGGCCUCUCCAGAAACAGCCCACCAAUAUCGAACUGGAAUCUUUCUGGCAGCAUCUGCGUCUGCUGAAUUUGUAGCUGACAUUUUCUUGUGUCCCUGGGAAGCUGUCAAAGUUCGCCAACAAACGGCUCUGCCUCCUCCGUUUGCUCGUAACGUUUUCGAUGCAUACUCUAAGAUGGUCAGCAAGGAGGGCUUUGCCAGUCUCUACAAAGGUAUCACUCCUCUAUGGUGUCGCCAAAUCCCAUACACCAUGUGUAAAUUCACUUCUUUUGAACGCAUUGUCGAAAUUAUCUACGCCAAACUGCCCAGACCUAAGAGCGAGAUGUCAAGCUUGGGCCAGAUCGGAGUCUCCUUUACAGGUGGAUACCUGGCCGGUAUCUUAUGUGCCGUAGUUUCGCAUCCGGCUGAUGUCAUGGUGUCGAAAAUCAACAACGAGCGUCAAAAAGGCGAGUCGAUGGGCCAGGCUAUGUCGCGUAUCUACGGCAAGAUCGGUUUCCCCGGUUUGUGGAACGGAUUGGCAGUAAGAAUCUUGAUGAUCGGCACUUUGACAAGUUUCCAAUGGUUGAUCUACGAUUCUUUCAAGGCUGCUGUCGGGCUGCCCACCACUGGUUAG